ACUCACACUGUAAAAAAUGACUUAAAUUACUGAACCUUGAUGACUGGCAUUACGCUACUCAAGGACGCACAUACAUUUUCAUUCUCUGUAUAACUUUUAAAAACAUUCAGUAGACCACGGUAAACCAUAAACAAAACACCACGAGCGGAUUUCUAUAGAUGAGUAGAAGGGAAGUCGCUGGAAUUUGAAAAAAAAAAUGUUGUGAAAAUAUUGUGAAAAAAGUGUUACGAUUUGAUUAAUGAGAUACGAUAACGUGGUGAUUUAUUCUUUUGUAAUAACGGUGAGAUCUGCAGCUCCAACAGAGAAUUAUUAGAAUGGAAAAGAUUUAGAAGUGAUUCUUGUAUCAACAACGUCAAGCUGAGCUUGAAUUGCACCAAAGAUUACAAUAAUCAUUCGUACCCGUAUAUCCACGCAAAGAGCGAACCCUGUCUUCAAACUAACAGCGAUCCCGGUUCCAAGACCAACGAUUCAUACAACAGGAACGAGAUCAAAAACGAAAUCUACAGUAAAAACUUUAUAGAUUGUUACCGUAAAAUUUCCGGAACAAGCCGCAAUAGCCUCGAUAAUAUUACUGCUAAUGCAUGGGGAAAAACUAAAAGUAAUUUCGAAUAUUUUGACGACCAUUCUAGUUUAAGAAGAAGUCGAAGUUUGGCUAGUUCUGGAGAGCAGUUGUACAGUCGACUGGAGCUCUACACGAAUUCGCAAGUAGAUGGUGAAUUGUGUGGAAGAAGAAGGUCACAACUUAUACCGAGAGCCAAGUUAAUUAAAGAGCAUAAUAGGUAUAGAAAUCUGAGCGUCGACAAUCUAAGCAAACCGCCCGAUAAACAAGAUAGAUACAAUAACAGAAGACAUUCGAGUUCGAUUCAAACUCUACAAGAGUCAAGUACAGCAGAGACUUUUUAUUUCGAAGACCAUCAACAUCGUGAGAAUCAACUUCAUACUUUCACAUCACUUCAAAAUAUUCACGAAAACGCCACGCAAAAAGACAGUUUAAACUCGAAUUUGAACAAUUCUUUGGAUAAUAUUUCUCACGAGGAUUUACCAGAGUUGAGCUUGCCCAAUUAUUAUCCCGAAGCUAAAUACGACACUGAUAAUACUGAUAAUAUUUCAUUAAACGAUAAUAUAUCGACCGCGUCUUAUGAUAACGCACAUAAAUAUAAAGAUAUUGGAUACGAAAGCAUCCCUUAUGACGAUAAUAUCGUUUUAACUCCAAAUAAAAAUCUCUACGAUCCACAAGAAGCUAAAAUUCGAACUAUUCGAAAUCCAACUCCAUUUAACGAGAAUUACGGUACAGUAAAUCCUAAUACAAUAAAAACAACAGAAUUACUUACAUCUGAACAGCCAAUUGAAGAAAUCGAUACCAAUUUUGAUGAAAUCAAUUUGGAAAUAGAAAAUAUAACAAAAGCUUCCCACGUAAAUGAAGAAUCUGAUAGCAAUUCUAUACAGAUUGAUGUACAAGAACCAAUAAAAACACUUUUGGAAAUUCCAGGUGAAGAAGAAGGAAACGAACAAUUUAAAACUAUUAUCAGCGUCGACUCGGUUAUCGAAAAGAAAAGUAUCAACGACGAAUCCAAAUCUCACAGUCACAAUUACCUACGAGAAUUUUUGGAAAGUCAAAAAGGAUCUAAGAAGCCUCUACAAAAUUUUAUAGCAAAAAAACUAUCGAAUUUAUCACGAAAAGCCUCUAAAACUACAACAAAUUUAACGGAAAAUCAAUUUCAUUCCUUACCAGAUAUAACAGUGAGUAAAAAUUUGAGAAAGUGUGAAAAAAUAGACAGAAAAUUAAGGAAGUGUAACAAAAAUCAAUCGACCCAAUCAAAGGAGAAUAGAUUUAUCGUAAAUAUAGGUAGACAUUUUGAUAUAACCGCUUGUACAACUCCACCAGUAGAUUUUGAAGUAAAAAUUGCCAAAGUACCUAAAAAAGGUAAAAAUAAUAUAACGAAUACCCAAAACGAAACAGACAAAUUUCUAGAAGCAGUUAAACAAAUCAAAGAUUGUUUAAACGAAAAUAAAAUAAUAAGAAGAUCCCCUAAUAUAGAAUCCGAAAUGGCCUUACUCUAUUGCCAAGACGAGUGCAAUAAAGAACUCCAAGAAAAAAUAGGAACAAUGAAAAGUUAUUGGAAUAAAGUUAUAGGAACCGAUAAAAUAGAAAAUAAAGAUGAAGAUACGAAAGAAGUUACACCAAAAGUAGAAGAGGUGAAAAAAAUAUUCGAAACAAACAAGGAACCACCACAAGAAAAUUUACCAAAUAAGGUGCAGCUUGUUAAAAAAAUUUUCGAACCUAAACUCACCGAAGAAAAAUCAGGAAAAAUUUCCCCGAAUAUAAAAGAAUCUUGCAGUUAUUUUGAAAAUAAAUCGAAUCAAUAUUAUAACAAUGAUAAAUUUAGAAGUUUAUGUCCGAAUUCUGUGGAAAUUGUACAUGCUAAUAAAGAUACAGUCGACGGCGAUAAAUCCAAUAAAUCUCUAAAACAGUCUAACGGAAAACCCGAAUUUGAUCACGUCAGAUACAAAUUAAUAAAACCGGAUCUUUUCCAGAAAAAAAUAUUCGCCAAUUGUGGCAAAGAUUACGAAUUUGAUGAUUUGAUACAAUAUUUACAAGAUUACAGUUUUCAAGAGCUUUUAGUCGAUAAUAAUAUUGUUAUAAUAGAACCUAUUAGAUCUAAAGUAUCAUACGAACCUUCACCUUGCGUAAGGAAUAUGAAAAAUGCAACUUCUUCUUUGAAAAAAUCACAAAUAGAGAAUAACGAUAACAAAUCCGGUUUGAACAGAAAAUUCUUUUAUCAUCCUAUUAGAGUGAAUAAAGAAGUGAACGAAGACGAACUUCCCAGUCCUGAUACUGUUCGACAAGUGAGACAACUUUUUGAAGCGGGCACACAAAAAAAUAAAAUCAAAAAUAAAGAGAACGAUACAACAACAAUCGAUCCGGAUAAAGAUCGAUGUUCCGCGACUGAUUCUAAUUCGAAUCCAUCGAAUUUAUCAGAUUUUGGCAGCCAGGAAAACUUGUUCGAUUCGAUAGAUAACAAAGGAAUUUAUUGCGAAUACGUCAGCGAGGAUAUUUUACAAAAAAUAAGAGAACGGGGAACAUCUGUAACUUACUACGGAGGAAGAGUCGUUGACAAGAAAAGUGGACAAUCAGUACUGACUAAAACUAUUAUGGACGAAAUUAAGUUGAACGAAAAAAGGUGUAUGGAAUGCGCGAAUUGCAAGAAACAUGCAUCUGAAGCGGAAAACGACGAUUAUAUGGGAGUUAAAUUCAAAAUUUUGAAAUCGAACAGUUGCAGUAGUCGUUUAGAAUUGGUCGGUACAGAAAAUCUGAGAGAUAUUAAAAAGAAAAUACUAUCCAAUUAUCACAAAAAUAUUAACGAAAAGAAUAACCUCAAGAAUAAGGACGGUGCUAAAUUAGAAACUGUUAAUAAAAAUAAUGAUGCUAUUAACGAAAGUAUUAAAAAACAAGUAAAUGAUAAUCAACCUAAAAUUAUUGGACAAGAAAUGAAGAUACCGGAAAGUAAAGUAACGCAAUGGAAAGAAAUAAGCGAGAAGACUAAUGAGAAAAUUUAUAAUUAUUACGAAUUUGACAAAGUGCAAGAAAGAUCGAGGAAAAUAGGAGAAAUGGAAUUUGAACAGUAUGAAGUAGCUUAAAUAAUAUAAAAAUAAAUAUUAUUAUGUAAGGUAGUGAUAUUAUUUAUUUGUAAUAUCGAAAUUCAAAAUAUAUAAGCCCUUUCUCGUUUAAAUUGGCAAGAAAAAUUCCAUUGUAACUCGUUAGAAAAUCAGUUCAGAUCUUUUUGGUACUUUGCAUCUAGCAUUUUGUCAACAAUAGUUUUCAAUUUAUUUCGAGAAGAAAUUAAUAACCAUAAUAAUAAUAUAAAUAAAAUUUCCACUAAUAUUAACUUCAUCAUUGUCUUUAUCUAUGGUAUAGUAGUGACGGUUUUGAUAAUAGAUACUCUUCCAGAGUGUAUGAAUUAGCAUACGAGAAACUGAUGGAAUAGAGAAGAAGUACAAAAAUAAAAUCUUUUUCGAAAACUGUACUUUUGGUAUACUUUGAAGAGUUUUACUUAACUUAAACUUUAAAGGCGCCUACUCUUUGAUCACAAUGUUGCGAAGUACUAUCAGUAUAAAAAAUGACAUUGAUAUAUCCGCGUAUCAAAAAUUACGUUCAUUUUUGAAAAGAAAGCCAGACAAUUACGUCCCCAAAAAAUCAAACAUACAUGCAUUGUUGUACCAUAAAUUUCAUGUUAUUCAGUUUACAUUUUUAUAACAAAAACUCCUGAUUAACUAAUUUUAACAAUUUUUUUAACAAUCGUUAAUUUUUGGUUUACAAAUAUAAACAUUAUUUUUGAAUAGUUAUAUUAAACGUACAAUUAUUAGCAUUACUUUUCUGUAAACACGGUAAUUCAAAAUUACUUGUUGACGUGAUAUUUUAUGAAUUGCUUACAUUAUAAUGAGUUUCUGAGACAAUUUCUGUGUUUGAGUUAUCUGCUUUUUGAAUUUUGUUAGCUAUAUCAAUCUUAUUCUGAGCUGAAUCCUACUACGCCUAAAGCAAUGCCUCGUGUAUUCCUUUAGGUUUGGCAUUUUCAAAAAUGUAGCUAUUUUGAAGGGAGCUUUACCUACAGGUUGUUUAUUACAUUUUCCUUUAUUGUAAUUAAUAAAGAGAUGUCGAUGAGGAACGUUGGUUGGGCAUAGUUAGUUAAUAAUAAAUGAUCUUGAUUUGUUUCUGUUGGUGUUUGAAAUUUUAACCAAAAGCAUAGUUUGUUUAUCUUCUACGUCGUCAAUUAAUAUAUUAGUGAUUUCUUCCCGUCGACAUGCUCCAGUAUUAAUCAAAAACAUUUUGGUCCUUAGAUAUUGUAUUGUCUGAAGCUUCUAAUAAAAUCUUAUCGAUAUCCUCUUUAUUAAGUACUCUAGACUUUUUUGCUUCAUACCCUACGGAUUUUUUCUUUAUAAACGUUGUUAAUUUAAAAUAUUUGCUUAUGUCGAUAUUUCUUCUGGUACGUAGCAUGACCUUCAGCAUCGAAUAUAAAUUCCACAACGAAUAUUUCAGCGUUUCUCAUUUUUAUGACAAAUACGCCAAUAACACAUCCUCACAUAUGCUUUUUACCUUCUUUUCCAGGCACUACUUUUCAAAAAUUUGGUAUGUUUGUUCAUAUCGUGUCCGGGAUCGAAAAAUUUUGUGGUUGAUGCACUUGCUUCCAAGCCAUCCGGGACUUCGACGGUAAUAAAUCAAACGUUGCUUGGGUGGCCGCCUUAACAAUUUCAUCUGGUGUAAUUUCAUCCUCCAUUAAUUCACAAUCAAAUGCAUCAAAUGAAUAUCCAUUUUAUAAUAAAUGUCACGUUUUCAACUAAACGUCAAAAUAUGUCAAGUUUAUUUUAUAGUUUUAAAUAAUAAAAAACUCGGUUACUAUAGAAACCAAUUGAUCACUAUCUUAGACUAUCUGUUUUAUUAUUUUUUUCAUUAAAGGUAAAAGCUUUUACUGGACUAUUAUAAUAAUUUUCUGGCUCGACCCGACAAAAUGAGAUUUUCUGACCUAAAAAUAAACCGGAAAGUAUUAAUUUCUAGCACGUUAGAAAAAAUAAUCAAAUAAUCAUUAAAAAUCCGCUUGGAAUUCAGUAUGGAAAGAAUUUUUUUGUAAAAUUUUAAUUCUGGAUUUUUUAUUUGCAAGCAGCGGUAGCUAUAGGCGUUGUUGAGUAGUUGUGGAAGUUAAGAAUCGAUAAUUUAGAGGGUUUAAAUUCAGCUUCACUUGGGAAAGAACAUUAGAUAUUUAUAAGAACAAAAACACAACUAGGAGCAAUUAGAGAAUUGUUUCUCAUGUUAAUUUGUACUUUUAUCUUAUUUCGAAAUUCAUUAAAUGAUGUCUUAAAUAUUCGAAAAUAGUUGAAAGUAACCAAUAUAAAAGCACAGUAAAGUUGUCUUUUCUGAAAAAUAGGAUAAACCCAAAUACUUCUCAAGGGUUUUUUUUUCUUAUAUCGGUAGGGACAAAAAAAUCCGGACCUGACAUUCAUCCGGACCGUGAGUCCCCGGUUUUACUGAACCUAUUUUAUUCGUAAAGAAAUGAGAGUGUGAGAAAGAAAUAUUUUCAACAUGUUACAUCUUGGUUUGAGAUAUUCAGCAGCUAAUUAAAUUUGCCGAGGAAAUUUUUUGAGACGUCGACAGAAGCCAACCAUGCAUUUUUCACAAUAAGGUUGAAGCUCGAUGAAAAAUCAGCAUUUUCGGCUAAUUUUCUUAUAUCGGGAUCGAUGAAAAUGUGUUUUAGGAAACAAAAAUUCACUUGUGUCUUUAGAAAGUGCUUUCAAAAAAUUAUAUCAAAUCAAGUUGUACAACGGCGAUAAAAUGAGAUGGUACUAAUCGUUCGUUUUUUAAAUUUUUUUCAACAAACACAAAUACGGAUGUUAAAGGCCAGUUUGGUUUAAUAAAUAGAUCUUAUCGCACCCCAUUAACAUAUAAAAAAAUUAAACUUCGUAUAGCCAAUUUGCAACUGCAAUUAAAUCUACUACCUUUAAAAGUGCCACUUGUGUUUCUAUAAUUAAUAUUUUCCGUAAAUUGUUGAAUACACAAGAUUGCAUAUAAAUAGAACGUUAUGAAAGAAAUUACGAUUUUUUAAACUUCAAGUUUGUUGUCGAUCUGAAUAAACCGCGAACACACAAUUUUAUAGACGAUAAAAACAGACGCAAAAUACUCGACAUCGAAAAGCAAAUUAAACGUUAGUAAGAAUAUGAUUUGGAACUACUGGAUGGAUAGAUUAGAUUACGAAACUAUAAGGGUACCGAAGACGUGUGCAAAACAAUAAACUGACAACGAGAUAUUGAACAAAAACAAUUAAUAAUUCAAAAUUGUCACUGUGUGAUAUGGAUCUUGAAAUCCGUCUAACUACAUCUUAAAUUGCUUUUAUUCGUAUUCAAGUUAAAAUAAAUGGAAUGAAUGGGUAUUAAAAGCUUCUUAAAUAUGUUUUAACUAAUUUUAAAAAUUCAGUAGGUGUGGCAAUUGAAACGAGAUGGGGUUCGUAGAAGGUGGCUAUUAAUUAACGUGACGAGCUGUAGUAAAAUUUUUAAUGUUAUCAAUUUAUUUAUUGUUAUUUUCAAUAUACACUAGGUUAAAGCGAAA